AACAAACCUGUUUGUCUGGUUUUAGCUACCCGGAAAUCAUAGAGAGAGAGAGAGAGAGAGAGAGAGAGAGAGAGAGAGAGAGACAGAAAGAGAGAAAGAGGUGAAUGUCUUCAGUUCCUGUCCUCAAUGUAAGAAUGUCUCAAAUUUAGGACUACAGUACAAUCAUACCACAUGGAUGGGAGCGAUAAUGGCUGAGCGAGAGCACUGGAUAUCUUCAUGGCUGGAGUGACUGGAGUGGCUGGAGGAUGGUGAAUCUCAUAGCACAACAGCAAUAUCUCAAGAAUUUGAAAUAUUUUCUUUGUCUAGUUUUAAGGUUUGCAACUUAGUAAUGAGACAUGGCAAAAGGACAUAUUUACAAAUUUAAAACCUAAUGGAGUAAUACCACAUUCUAGGACAUCUGAAACCAAAGUGUCUGUAAGGUUUACACCUGUAGUUUGGAAAAGUGAGAUUUUUUUUUAUUGUGUUUGUGAAGAAAAUAUUUGAGGAUCUUCUGAACCAUGGAGCUUAACGUGAUCAGCACGAGAUGUUAUACUGGAUUAUGGCUGUGGUAAGAUGACUAUUCACUUUGAAAUCAUCACCUUUACAGCAGCUUUUGAGCUGUUUUUAUAUCAUAAUACCAUCAUCAGUGAUAAAAAGUCAAAGAGUUACCGGGAAAGUCGUUUUCAGAUCCAUCAUGUUACCUAAAAAUAUAAUUUCUCAGAAUAAUGGAGACUAACAUUGACCACUUGUUCUCGUUUCCUUUUUGUUGUUGCUAAAAUGACAUUAAUCGCAGACUUGACACUGAUUAUCAGUUGUUGCAUGUAAAUAAGCCCACUUCUACAUUGACUUCACCUUAAUUUUGUGAAGGAAGUGAGUUAUUUCAACACUAUCUCAAAGGACUGUUGAUGCCGACACACAUAGGAUCUUUAAUAUAAGUUGACAAUUGCUCCACGUGUUGCUCAUAUGAUGGCAAUGGCUAGACGUCCAGGAACUGCGGGCCGAAGUCAAAUUUCGGACACUUCUGAAACCCCAUCCCAGCCCCCAACCAGCGCUGACCGUAAACUUCUGGAGAAAGUGCUCAAGAGACUGGACAAACUGCACAAACUGAGCGUUGAUCCCAGGCUGGCCCUCAAAAACAGUCCUCCGUACCUCCCUGAGCUUCUGUCGGAGACGGCUAUCCACCUGACAGAGGUCUGGGCGCCUUACAGGGGGUCCGCCAUGGCUGUGCCCCGAUGGGAUGAAGGAGAUUACAUGAGGAUCCAUAUUAGACACUUACUGGACAAGACAGACAGAGCUGUGCUGCUGUUCAAGGAAGGCAAGGAGAAGAUGUUUGAAGAGACAUCAAACUACAGGAGAAACCUCACUAAGUUGUCGCUCCUCUUCAGCCACAUGUUGAAUGAACUACGAACAAUAUUUCCUGGAGGACGAUUUCAGGGAGAUACUUACCGAGUUACAAAGACAGAGGCCAAAGAAUUCUGGAGGAAAACUUUUGGACACAAGUGUAUAGUGCAGUGGAAUGUUUUUAAACAGCAGCUGAAGAGGGUACAUUACUUUGAAGAGGGAAUGGAGGCCAUGGCUUUGAAGUCCACAGUUGAUCUAACCUGUAACGAUCACAUAUCCAUCUUUGAGUUUGAUAUUUUCACCAGACUUUUUCAGCCUUGGUCAACAUUAAUAAGGAACUGGAACCAUUUGGCAGUAACUCAUCCUGGAUAUAUGGCUUUUCUCACCUAUGACCAGGUCAAGGCUCGACUGGAGCACUACAGACAUCGUCCCGGCAGCUACAUCUUUCGUCUCAGUUGCACACAGAUGGGUCAGUGGGCCAUUGGUCAUGUGACCAGUGAUGGAAGUAUUGUGCAGACCAUUCCCCAGAAUACACCUCUCUACCAGGCACUCAUACAAGGUUUCAGGGAAGGCUGCUACUUAUACCCUGAUGGUCGUGAUGUGAAUCCUGACCUCAGCAGCCUGUGCAGUCCAGUUCACAAGGGACGAGUCAAAGUCACAGAGGAGCAGUAUGAAUUAUAUUGUGAGAUUGGUAGCACGUUUCAGCUCUGCAAAAUCUGCACCGAACGAGACAAAGACACUCGCAUUCAGCCCUGUGGGCAUCUACUGUGUCAGCCCUGCUUGACUGGCUGGCAGAAGUCAGAUGGACACACAUGCCCUUACUGCCGCUGUGACAUUAGAGGCACAGAAUCCAUCCUCAUUGAGCCCUAUUUGCCUAUUCGAGACAAAAGGGCAGAAGAGGAGGAGGAAGAUGAUGAAGAUGAUGAUGAUGAUGAGGAGGAGGAUCAUGAGGAUAUUGAGCUAGUGAUGAAAAAGCUGGCAUGUAUGAAGAAGAUAUCGCAGGAGGAGUAUCAAAUUCCCCGUUCCAGUCUGUCACCUCCUCCCCUUCCUCCUAAAAGAAAUUCAUCCUCUCCAUGCCCUUCUCCUAAACCACAAACACACCGAUCCUUUAGCUUGGGUGCACAGAAAGUCAAAAACAAUUCCUGGUCAGAAAACAUGCGAAGGAAACCUUCCUCAAAAAGAAGUGAGGAACAUUGUGAAGACUUUCAGCCCUCUUCCCUGCCAUGCGUUAGAAACAGUGGGGUGCCCUGGGAAGGGCCUUCAGAAUCUGUAAAAAGGAAGAAGAGAGAUAAAAGAAGGGACAGGAAAGAGGAAGUGAGUGUGAGAAUUGUGGAGGAUACAACAUCUCUCUCAGGAAGACACUGUCAUGGGGAGAUGGAAGAAAACACUUCAUCAUGACAACAAAGUUUAGACUUUGGACUGUAAAAUGAUUAAAUCUGCUCAACCAAAAUGGAUCAUAUGUAUCAUUUUUCUGCAGAUUCAGAACAGUCAUGUAAAUAGGAAUGUUAGUUACGUUAAUUUUUGCAUUGACAACACUUUUUAACAUGUUUAAGUUCUACCUCAUGUCUACUAAAUGUUUAGAGAAAAGCAUUGUUUGAUAGAGGCCGCACAGAAUAAUUGAGUCAAAAAAAUAAAUGCCUUGUUUUAGAUCUUUUUUAAUUUU